AUUAAAGACAGCGACAACCUCAGUUGAAUGCGAUAUACAUCUUCAUCUUUCUAACAAACAAUGGGUACCACCGUCCGAGCCGCAGUAACUCAAGCCGAGCCAGUCUGGGCCAAUCUCCAGGGCGCUGUCGAAAAGACAUGCAAGCUCAUCGAGGAGGCAGCGUCCAACGGGGCUCAGAUUGUUGCUUUCCCCGAGGUCUGGAUUCCAGGCUAUCCUGCUUGGAUAUGGUCCCGACUAAUUGACUUCGAUCUCAAUGUGCAAUACAUCAAGAACUCAAUGGCCGUUGACUCGCUUGAGAUGAAGAAGAUCCAGGCUUGUGCCCGCGAAAACAACAUCGCCGUGUCUCUAGGCUUCUCGGAGAAUGAAAACAACUCGAUAUUCAUCUCGCAGGCUCUCAUCGGACCCGACGGUGAGAUCAAGGUGCACCGCCGCAAAAUGAAGCCCACGCACAUGGAGCGAACCAUCUUUGGCGAUGCAUCGGGUCACUGCUUGAAGAGCGUGGCUCAGCUCCCGUUUGCGCGAGUGGGAUCUUUGGCUUGCUGGGAGCACAUCCAACCGCUGUUAAAGUACAACACGAUUGCGCAAAAGGAGGAGAUUCACAUUUCGGCUUGGCCUAGUGUUACUCCUCACACCGGUGGCCCUGACCUGUGGUCCAUGAGCGCUGAAGGCUGCCAAAAUCUUUCUCAGACUUAUGCCAUUGAGUCGGGUGCAUUUGUGCUGCACAGCACCGCUCUCAUCACGGAAAAGGGAAUCAAGGCUCUAGGAACCGCUGGUGGGGCGCUCAUGUCAACUCCAGGAGGCGGCAGCUCUGCUGUCUUUGGUCCAGAUGGGCGACGAUUGAGUGAUCCGGUUGAUGAGACUACCGAGACAAUCAUCUACGCUGACCUCGACAUGGAUCAACUGAUCAAGGUUAAGAUGUUUGUGGAUUGCACUGGGCACUACAGCCGACCAGAUUUGCUGUGGCUGGGUGUUAAUGAGGAGGUCAAGCUUGUUGUUAGAGGCAAGGAGGGUGUUGUGGAGACGGAGGAGGAGGCCACCUAAUUAU